ACGCCGUUGGGGGGAAAAAAAAAUAAUAAACAUGGCCGACCGACGGUAAUGGGUGGCAAAAGUUAGCGACGAUAAAGCUUUGAAGUUGCUCGUUAUUCUUAUCGGUAUUUGAAGCUUCUUUCACGUUGAAGACUACAUUUAAUGUGUUGACACCUCCGGGAGGGGAGUUGACGGCGGAAGGUAGUUUGUUUCUCACCGAGAGGCCUUACAAGAAACGACUGUUAGCCACGUUAGCAGGCUAGCCUGCGUCUGCUUUUGUUUUUUUCUCGAUUUAUAACAUUUGUGGACCACAAGACGGACGUUUUCUUUUUCACUUGGACAUUUUGUGCUUAUUUUUAAGUAAUUGAAUCGGUAUAUUCCUAUUAUUUUCCUUUCUUUCCUGGGUCCAAGUAGUUGUUAGCAAGCCGCCUUUUAAACAUCUAGCUUAAAAACAAAGCCACAGUGAGUAGUAAAGCCGCUCGCUUUGAGUCGUCGGACUGUGGGUGUGAGACAUGGAUCCAAAGCGAGCACACGGCAAACAUAAGACCAGCGGCGGGAGCAGCAGCGGGGGCUCCAGCCCGGCGUCUCCCUCCAGCAGCCCCGCGGCGUCGGGGGUAGCCAACGCGUUCGCAAACGACGGCAGCUUCAUGGAGAUUUUUAAGAAGAAGAUGGAGGAGGAGCAGAGGAAAAAGGAGGCGCAGCAAACAGGUGGAGAAGCGAGAGCCACCGAGCAAGGACAGACCUCAGUGGAAAAGAAGGCCCUCCCUGUGACCAGCUUUGUGGGGAAGCGCCGGGGCGGUGUGUUCCUUAAGACCGGAAUGGUUGCGAAGAAGCAGAAACAGGACGCAGAAGCUGAGGCAGGAAAGAGCGAUGCUUGGUCAAAGUACAUGGCUGAGGUGAAAAAGUACAAAGCCCACCAGUGCAGCGACGACGAUAAAACCAGACCGCUGGUCAAAUAGGCGAAGCGACGACGCUUUUGGGAGAGAAACCCACCCAGGAGGAGCUCCAGAGGAGACGACCUUUAGUGACCUCCUCUUACUGCCAGUUGAAGUCACCUUCACUGUCGUUAAAGAAGAAAAAAAAAAACUGCUUUGGCUGAUUCAAGUCUUUUCCUUUGUUUUUGUUAUUUUUGUCUCAUUUGGUUUCUGGUGUCAAAAGGUGUUGACGCAUCUCGGUAUCAUUUUUCAUGCCUUCGAUGUCAUAUUUGUGUUAAUCCAUGUAUAACUUAAACAGAUUACAUAGCCUACCAAUGGUUUGAAUUAAAUCCAAUUUCAAUUG